AGUCGAGUACAGUGACUCCGAGGAGACACUUGCCGGUUGCAUUUAUUUGGCAAACUGUCCACAGAUUCGCGCUAAGUCUUUUGUUCUUUUUUCGAUCGUUUCGUUUUAUUUUCCGUGUCAAAUCACCUUCGGUCGUAGUAAGCCUUGUAAUCAGUGUGAUUGCAUUAAUUGCAUCAAGGUAGGCCGAAGGCAACCGUCGUCAUCGAUACGAAAUCUAUAGGAUUCGCACAUUGCACCUUCGAUCAUUCAUUCGGUGUGCUCUUUCGCUUGUUCGCUGAUAACACAGCAGCCCAGAGAUGACGCGUGGCAUGCUGCGCCUUUGCACCUACGGAGGCGAUGCCAUUUUGCACAUUUCCAAGCCGACGCAUCCUUUGCGGCUGUUCUCAGGUAGCGUGAAACUGCUGCAAAAGGAUGGAAAACCGGCAACAGCUGUGACGGGAAUCCCGUACAAAAAUAUUGUUAUCGGUGUUCCGAAGGAAAGAUGGGCCAACGAACGACGUGUCGCCGUAACACCGGCUGUAACGGCCACCCUGGUGAAGAAGGGCUUCAAAGUGAACGUGGAAUCUGGCGCUGGAUUUGACGCUAAAUUCCGGGAUGCGGACUACGCAUCUGCUGGAGCCAAUAUCGUCGACAAGUCGCAAGCAUUCCAAUCCGAUAUUGUACUUAAGGUCAGACAGCCAAUGGACAACGAAAUUCCCACCCUGAAGGAAAACUCAACGCUAAUUUCAUUCCUCUAUCCUACGCAAAACAAGGAUCUGAUAGAUAAGUUAUCCCAGAAGAAACUUAAUGCAUUUGCAAUGGACGCCAUUCCAAGAAUUUCUCGUGCACAAGUCUUCGAUGCUCUGUCAUCGAUGGCCAAUAUUUCCGGUUACCGAGCGGUUAUUGAAGCAGCCAAUCACUUCCCGCGAUUCUUCACGGGACAGAUCACUGCCGCUGGUAAAGUACCUCCAGCGAAGAUUCUAGUCAUUGGAGGAGGUGUUGCUGGGUUGGCCGCUAUUGGUCAGGCACGUGGUAUGGGAGCCAUCGUGAGAGCCUUCGAUACGCGUCCAGUUGUCAAGGAACAGGUCGAGAGUAUGGGUGCCGAAUUUCUGACGAUUAAUAUUGAAGAGGAUGGUUCUACUGCCGGUGGUUACAGCAAGGAAAUGAGUAAGGAAUUCAUUGAGGCUGAAAUGUCACUGUUCGCCAAGCAAUGUAAGGAAGUUGACGUGAUCAUCACUACCGCCUUGAUUCCUGGAAGGAAGGCUCCUAUUCUCAUCACCGAAGAGAUGGUCAAGUCAAUGAAGCCUGGUAGCGUCAUUGUUGAUCUGGCAGCUGAAGCAGGAGGUAAUGUUGCUACAACCGUUCCCGGAAAAGUUGAAGUCGUACACGACGUAGUUCACGUUGGAUUGACCGAUUUCCCCAGUCGCUUACCGACACAAAGCUCAACUCUGUACGCGAAUAAUAUUUCAAAGUUUUUGCUUUCGAUGGGAGAGAAGGACCACUUCAACAUUAAUCUCGAGGAUGAGGUUGUUCGAGGAAGUAUUGUGCUACAGAAUGGAAACUUGAUGUGGCCUCCACCAGUUAUCUCCGUGUCUGCAAAACCACCACCAGCUGUAGCUGCUGCAGCAACGCCAGCAACCAAAGUUGAAGUUCAGCCACCGAAUCCAUUCAAUGAUACACUGAAGAACAGCAUGCUAUACACCACUGGAUUGGGAAGCUUACUUGGGUUGGGCGCCAUCUCUCCUAAUCCAGCGUUCACUACCAUGAUGACAACUUUUGCAAUGUCUGGAAUUGUGGGUUAUCACACGGUUUGGGGAGUUACUCCAGCCUUGCAUUCACCUCUCAUGUCGGUUACAAACGCAAUUUCUGGUAUCACGGCUGUUGGCGGAUUGCUGAUGAUGGGUGGUGGCGUGACACCAACGAACACGAUUGAAACUCUAGCUGCUAGCGCUGCGUUGAUUUCAUUCAUUAACAUCUUCGGUGGAUUCCUGGUCACUCAACGUAUGUUGGACAUGUUCAAGAGGCCCACCGAUCCACCAGAGCACAACUACUUGUACGGAAUUCCCGGUGCAUUGUUCUUGGGAGGAUAUGGCUUAGCUGCUCUACAAGGUAUGCCCGAAAUUCAUCAAAUGGCUUACCUCGCUUCUAGCUUGUGCUGUAUCGGAGCUUUGGUUGGUUUAUCCUCGCAGAAGACCUCUCGUCUCGGAAAUGCUCUUGGAAUGAUCGGUGUCACUGGAGGUAUUGCGGCAACCCUGGGUCAUAUGGCCCCCAGCACCGAAGUGCUAAUGCAAAUGGGUGGCGUGGCUGGUAUUGGUGGAUUGUUGGGAACGAUAAUUGCGAAGAGAAUCCAAAUUACCGAUCUACCUCAACUAGUGGCUGCCUUCCACAGCUUGGUAGGCGCUGCAGCUGUAUUAACCUGUGUGGCGACUUACAUGCACGAUUUCCCCACUUUGGCAACUGACCCGGCUGCCAAUGUUCUGAAGACUGCUCUGUUCCUGGGUACGUACAUCGGAGGCGUUACUUUCAGUGGUUCUCUCGUAGCUUAUGGUAAACUGCAAGGUAUCUUGAACUCUUCUCCACUGUUGCUUCCUGGUCGCCACAUGAUCAAUGCCGGUCUGUUGGCCGGUAAUCUGGGUGCUAUGGCGAUGUUCUACAUGGAACCAACAAUGGCUGGUGGAUUGGGACUUUUGGGUACCACCGCUGCAUUGUCUACGGCAAUGGGAGUCACGCUAACAGCUGCCAUUGGUGGUGCUGACAUGCCUGUCGUUAUCACCGUGUUGAACUCUUAUUCUGGCUGGGCGCUCUGUGCUGAAGGCUUCAUGUUGAACAACAAUCUCAUGACCAUUGUUGGUGCACUGAUUGGAUCAUCAGGUGCCAUCUUGUCAUACAUCAUGUGUAAGGCAAUGAACCGAUCGCUGGCCAACGUUAUCUUGGGAGGUUACGGUACAUCUUCAACUGGAGGAGGCAAACCUGCUGAAAUCGUUGGAACUCACACCGAGGUUAAUGUGGACGGCGUUGUUGACAUGAUCAAAAACUCUAAGAAUAUCAUCAUUACGCCCGGGUAUGGUUUGUGCGUUGCUAAGGCUCAAUACCCCAUUGCCGAAAUGGUCAACAUCUUGAAGUCGCAUGGCAAGAAGGUUCGUUUCGGUAUCCAUCCAGUCGCUGGAAGAAUGCCUGGACAGUUGAACGUGCUGUUGGCUGAAGCCGGAGUUCCAUAUGACGAUGUUCUCGAAAUGGAGGAAAUUAAUGAAGACUUCACGGAUACUGACUUGGUUUUGGUUAUUGGUGCAAACGAUACUGUCAACAGCGCUGCAGAAGACGAUCCCAACUCGAUCAUUGCCGGUAUGCCAGUUCUGCGUGUAUGGAAGGCUGAUCAGGUCGUGGUGAUGAAACGCUCGCUUGGCGUUGGAUAUGCUGCCGUUGACAAUCCAAUCUUCUACAAACCGAACACGUCCAUGUUGCUGGGAGAUGCCAAGAAGACUUGCGAUGCUCUGUUGGCCAAGAUUAAGGAAGCAUGACUAUGAAUGAGCGAGAUAGAGCUAGAUUUGUAUUGGAAUUAUGUUCAAACUCUACUUUAUAGGUAAAAUGUGUCUAUUUGAAUGUGUUAUCAGUGCCAUCGAAUGAUGUUUUUAAUCUAUGUAGGUGAAAUGUGUAAAUAAAUGCGAUUCGAAUGAAGAAGAUGAUGCCGACGAA